AUGCAAAGAAGUCUCUUCCUCAGAAUUGUCACCGAUAUUGAAAAUGCCAAUCCUUACUUCCAACAGAAGCGUGAUGCAGCUGGAAGAUUGGGCUUUGCAGCUCUUCAGAAGGCAACAGCGGCAAUAAAAAUGCUUGCAUACGGAUGCAGUGGCGACUCAAUUGAUGAGUAUCUUCGUAUGAGUGAAUCUACAACAAUUCAGUGUUUGAAAAAGUUUUGCCACACAAUUGUCAAGAUUGAUCAUCCUCCAUAA